GUUACGGUAUCGCGUGGAAAUGUCUGCGAUUGUGUUUUCGAGUUUUACGAGGAAAACAAUACUUUCGUUUAAUGGAUGUAAUAUCCGUUUUUAUACGAAAAAGAUGAGGCCGAUCCGCAUCAAAACAAUCAAGAGUAAAUAUGAAGAAAUUUGCAUCGAUUCUGUCGAACCUUCUCCGGAAGAAUUGAAAUACGGAAGAGGAGGACAAAUGGUGAUGAAAACCGGAAUGGGCAGGAUCCUUCGAAGUCUAGGAAUGUCUGAGAAGCAGUUCGUGGAUCAAGACCCACUCCACGAUCCUGAUGACGAAUAUCAGGAAAUUAUAAAUCAAGCUGAUAGUUAUUACGAUAUGCACAUUCAAGAAAAGAAGGAAAGAAAAAAGAUCAUUAAGUAUAAGAAAUAUAUCCGAAAGCAUUUCCGUGAACCACAAGAGACGAAUCUACUUACUGUUGCCGCUAAAGAACAGAUAAGAUAUUUAAAUGAACUCGAUCCAAUUAAAUGGAAUCCUGAAGUUUUGAGUCAAAGUUUUCCCAUCAGUUUAGAGGGUGUUAAGAAAUUUCUAAGAAGUAACUAUUUGCCAAAAUCAGAAAAAGAGAGACAAAGGCAUGACAAUUCUGUUUAUGAAAAUAUCAAACUACUUAAAGAGGGCAGUGAGAAAAUAUCUGCUAAAACACAAAAGCUAUGGCGAGAAGGAAAACUGAAGAUUGAAUAUUCUCGAGGUAAUGAAACUCUUCCCAUAUCCGACCCAGAAACUGAAAUUCAAAAACAAAUAACUGUUAGAGAUUACGAAAAACCGGGAGAAUUUCUAUCCAUUGUCAAACCUUAUUUAGAUUUACAAAAUAAACAGGAGGAAAAAGAUAAAUCCGAACAUACGGAAAUUAUCGAAUCAAACUCUAAAUUAUUAAAUAAUUCUUCAACGAAAGAAAAUUUCUACAAAGUUGUAAUUCCUACAAAGAACACAUCAGGUAAUUUUUCCAAUGAUUUUUAUUUUCGUUCGCAUUCUAAAUUCACAGAUGCAAUAGAGAUUAGGCACGAACAAUCUAUUAUUAAAGAAAAUACUAAAUCGGAAAAAGAACAUCAUUUUAGAAACGGAGAUCAUAAGGAAAAUGAAGAUAAAAUACUAAUUAACUCUAGAAAUGUUCCAAAAUAUAAUGAAGAUAACAUCGAAUACGUUGUAGACAGUCAUAGAAGUCAAAGUUCAGACAAAAAACAGCCAUAUUUUUAUGAUAUCAAAAGUGGAUAUCAACAUCCAUUAGGAGAGGCAUCAGACUAUCCAGAUAAAAUAGAGAUACCAAAAGAUAGUUGCAAACAGGGAAAAUUGUAUAGAGUAGGAAAUUGUUACUAUGAUGACAAAGGUGAGUUUUUGUAUAGGAUAUUCACUUGAAAAUGAAUUCUGUAAAGUUGUAAUAAAACUAUUCUUUAUAAUUUAUUAAUGUUUUAUUUAUUUUAAUUGCAUUACAUACCUCUAAAUAAUGAUUUGAUUUUCAAAAGAAGUUACAAAAAAUAUAUAAAUUAGUAUUAUCAUUUACUAGGGAUGCGUACUAAAAUUUCAGACUAUAUUCUGAGUAAACUUUACUAUUCUCCAACCCUUUUGUAAAGAUACAUACUGUACAUAAAAUAGAUUCAUAUUUUGCUUAGCAUUGAAUUCAGGAAUUCUUAUAAAAAUGAUAGAUUGGUAAGUAGAAAGAGAGUUUACAUUUUAUCUACCUUUGCACGGCAGCAUUAAUUUUCUUCUUAGCUAAUAUUUUCGGGUUUAUAACACCCCUCAAGCUUCUCUAAUUCAAAUUAGAGAAACUUGAGGAAAGACUUCAGGGAAGGGUGGAUUAUUAUCAAAUUAGUUUUAAUAACUGUAAGCAUAAAAGGGCAUUAUUUAAAACUUUAGAAAAAUUAAUAUGGAGUAUAAAAUCUCUUAUUUCUAAAAAUGUAAAAUAUGUAAGGGAUGGCUUUUCCAGAUAGUAGCUUGCCUGAAAAUGAUUGUUAACGAUUUUUUCUUCAAUUGUUUUAAUUCUACGAUGUGUUGGAUGGCCAAAAAUUUAAAAAAAAAGAAAAUUAGAAAUUUGUAUAUGAAAAUUUAAAGCAAAAAGUAGAAAAUUCGCGUUAUUUAUGUAAUAUUUCUUACUUAAUACGCAACUACUUUCAUUGUGAUUAUAGAAAGUGAUGCAAUGAUGAUGUCAUUUAAAUUUUCACUAUUCUCAUCUAAAACAUUCUAAUCAGUUAUCAUAUAUAAAUUGAUGUAGUUUAUAUCUACUUGUUUAACAUAUAAAUGGCGGAUAUUAAUAAUAAAGUACACCAUUCGGUGUCAAUGUCAGAAAGUUUUAACCAAAUCUACCCAGAUGGAAUUUAGUUUGUGACUGCAAUUGAACAUUGACAAAGAAAAUUUUUCAUUCUGGUAAAUCAGAAAGCUCCUAAAGUGUAUUUCACAAUAUUCGAAUACCAAUCAAACUUGAUUUUUUUUUUCCUCCAAAACAAAUAAACUAAGAUCAUUAAAAACAAUCAGGAUAUCCCUGAGAACCUUUAAUUGAAUGGAACAGGAUGAAGCUCCUCGAAUCAAUAUUUUUUCACAUCCUGUGCUUCAACAAACAUAUUUUGUCUUGGUUAUUGGCUUGAAUUCACCAUACUUUGCAUUACAUCUCUGCUGAAUAAAUAUGGCCAUCAAAGGUUUUUGUUUCAUUCUUAUUAUUGUUCUUGUACUGUCUGCUGUAGCUAUCGAAAUGGCAGACAGCUCGCUUAGAUGUGUACACGAUAGAUGCUACCGAAUAUGUAUCCGAUUAAGCAAAAGAUCCGGAAAAUGCGUGAAUUCAAGAUGUCAUUGUUACUCUUGAUGGGGAAGAUGAAGAAGAAAACAAAACUCCAUAUAUAAUCUAUAGUUGCUUGUAGUGAUUUAUAUAUAUUAUAUAAUAUAUAUAAGUGUUUUUCUUUCUUUUUUUUGUAUUGAGAAUGUUACUAUGUGUAUAAAUAAGCUUUAUUAUUAAUGUAAUAGCAUUCCAGUUUAUUAUAUAAUGCGCACAAAAUUAAAGUCAUUCCACAUAUAGAAUUUUUCGAGGAUGAUUUUGAAUUUUGAAAUAUCCAAAAUAUUUUUAGACUAAAAUCUUUAUAAUGAUGUACAAUGUAUAAUGUAGAUUCAUAUUUAAUAAAAAAGAAAUGUAUAAUAUUU